AGAGUUGCAUUUAAGCCUCGCGGCACUUCCUCCUCUGGACGACGACAACUUUUUUUUUUGGCGGGGUGUCAAUCAUGUCCGACCGAGGAACCUUCGACACCAACGUGGUGACCGUGACCCGCUUCGUCAUGGAGGAGGGCCGGCGGGCCAAAGGUACCGGCGAGCUCACGCGGCUGCUCAACGCGCUGUGCACGGCCGUCAAGGCCAUCUCCAGCGCCGUCCGCAAAGCCGGCAUCGCUCACCUCUUCGGCAUCGCGGGCAGCACCAACGUGACGGGCGACCAGGUGAAGAAGCUGGACAUCCUGUCCAACGACCUGGUCAUCAACAUGAUCAAAUCGUCCUUCACCUCCUGCGUGCUGGUGUCCGAGGAGAACGACAAAGCCAUCAUCGUGGAGCCCGACACCAGGGGCAAGUACAUCGUGUGUUUCGACCCGCUGGAUGGCUCGUCCAACAUCGACUGCCUGGUCUCCAUCGGAACCAUCUUCGCCAUCUACAAGAAGGCCUCGGAGGACGGCGAGCCUUGCGAGGAGGACGCCCUGCAGCCCGGCAGGAACCUGGUGGCGGCGGGCUACGCCCUCUACGGCAGCGCCACCAUGAUGGUGCUCUCCACGGGACACGGCGUCAACUGCUUCAUGCUCGACCCGGCCAUCGGCGAAUUCAUCCUGGUGGACCGCGACGUGAAGAUCAAAAAGCGGGGCAAGAUCUACAGCUUGAACGAAGGCUACGCCAAAUACUUUGAGCCGGCCGUCACAGAGUAUUUGCAGCAGAAGAAGUUUCCUCGGGACGGCAGCGAGCCCUACAACGCCCGCUACGUGGGCUCCAUGGUGGCCGACGUGCACCGGACGCUCAUGUACGGCGGCAUCUUCAUGUAUCCUGGCAACGCAAAGAGCCCCGAGGGAAAGCUGCGUCUGCUCUACGAGGGCAACCCGAUGGCCUUCAUCAUGGAGCAGGCCGGGGGCGCCGCCUCCACCGGCUCCGAGGACAUCCUGGACAUCCGGCCCCACAGCAUCCAUCAGAGGGCGCCGGUGGCCAUGGGCUCCCCCGACGACGUGGCCGACUACGUGGCCGUCUGCCGCAAGCACGCCGCAUCGGCAAAGUGACCCCGUUCGGGGAAGAAGAGCGCCCGCUUUCGUCGUCCGUGUCGUGAAAGGACCGGGCCGAGA